AUGUUUCCCGCGCGGCCCGCUCUCCCAGGGGCGCAUGCGUAUAAUUUCACACCCGCCCUCGUCCGGGGUUCGGCCGCCAUGGCGGAGUCCGAGGACAUAGAAGAGCUUCAGCGGGAGGUGGUGGAAGAGAUGGGCAUCUCCCUGGAAGACCUCAAGCAGCUGAUUGAAGAGGAGCUGGAGAAAUCCGAGUACGUCAAGCAGCGGAAGAAGGAGCUAGAACGCCUGGAGGACUGUGUGAAGCAGAAGGAGGCUGAAGUGGCCCAUGUGGACCAGCUCCUUGAAAACGCGGUGAAGGCGGUGGAUAAAUGCGAGGUGCUGGUCAAAGACAUCUACGUCAACCUGGGGCUGGAAUAUCGAGAGUCGGACUCCGACUCGGAGAACAGCUCCGGCAAACCCAUGGAAGUGAUUGAAAUCCCCGACGAAGAUGACGAUGACAUCAUGAGCGUAGACUCAGAUCCGAGUAACAAAAUUGCAAAAGACCAGACCCUGCUCCGAGAAGCCAUGGCUGCCAUGAGGAAAUCCGCUCAAGACGUUCAGAAGUUCAUGGACGCGGUGAACAAGAAGACGGGCAGCCUGGAGUCCCAGAGAGGAUUACAGCAUGGCAGCCCUGGCUGUGAACUCACCCACGAUGGUGACCUGACGGUUGGUGACCGUGUCCUGGGGAAGAAACGCACAAAGACCUGGCAUAAGGGCACCUUGAUUGCCAUCCAGACAGUGGGUCCUGGGAAGAAAUACAAGGUAAAAUUCGACAAUAAAGGGAAGAGUUUGCUGUCGGGCAACCACAUUGCUUACGACAGCCACCCGGUGCCCGAGAGGCUGAAUGUCGGCAGCCGGGUUGUGGCCAAAUACAAAGAUGGCAACCAGGUCUGGCUGUACGCUGGAAUCGUGGCCGAGAUGCCCAACGUCAAGAAUAAGAUGAGGUUCCUGAUUUUCUUCGACGAUGGCUACGCCUCCUACGUCAUUCAGCACGAGCUUUAUCUCGUCUGCAGAUCACUCAAAAAGGCCUGGGAGGACAUUGAGGACGUCUCCUGCCGGGAUUUCAUCGAGGAGUACGUCACCGCCUACCCCAACCGGCCGAUGGUGCUGCUCAAGACCGGGCAGCAGAUCAAGACCGAGUGGGAGGGGACCUGGUGGAAAUCACGCGUGGAGGAGGUGGACGGAAGCCUGGUCAAAAUCCUCUUCAUGGUAGGAGGGGCCCAGGAUGACAAACGUUGCGAGUGGAUCUACCGGGGCUCCACCCGCCUGGAGCCCAUGUUCAGCAUGAAGACGUCCACAGCGUCCACCCACGACAAGAAACAGGGCGGGCAAAUGAGGAUGCGGCCCAACGUGGGGGCCGUGCGGACCAAGGGCCCAGUGGUGCAGUACAUCCACGACCUGACCGGAACCAGCCCUCAGCAGCAGCUCCAGCCUGCAGAGCCCCCAGUUCCCAUCACCACUGCCCAGCCGGUGCCCCUCUUCUUUGGGGAGACAGACUCGGAGAGCCAGCUUGCUCAGGCGAAAAAACAGCAGGUGGCCAAGAAAAGCACCUCGUUCUUACGGCCCGGCUCGGUCGGAUCAGGCCUGUCCCCCCCAGCCUCUCCCGUCCUGAGCGAAACGCCGCCCGUCGGCCGGACAGGAGUGACCCAGCAGUUCAGGUUCUCCGGGGCGCAGCCCCCCCCGGCGGGCACGGUGCCCUCCUUCCACAGCAUGCUGGAGCGGGUGCCCAGCGAGCCCUCCUACCGGGCGCCCCUGGAGAAGCUCUUCUACCUGCCCCACGUCUGCAGCUUCAAGUGCCUGAGCCGGGUGCGCCCCGGCCGUCCGGACCUGCACCGCAGCCGCAACCCGCUGCUGAUCCCGCUGCUGCACGACUUCCGGCGCAUGACGGCCCGGCGGCGCAUCAACCGCAAGACGGGCUUCCACGUGGUGUACAAGACGCCCUGCGGGCUGUGCCUGCGCGGCAUGGGGGAGAUCGAGCGCUACCUCUUCGAGACGGAGUGCAACUUCCUCUUCCUGGAGAUGUUCUGCCUGGACCCCUACGUGCUGGUGGACCGGCGCUUCCAGCCCUACAAGCCCUUCUACUACAUCGCGGACAUCACCAAGGGCCGGGAGGACGUGCCCCUCUCCUGCGUCAACGAGAUCGACAGCACCCCGCCGCCCCAGGUGGCCUACAGCAAGGAGCGCCUGCCCGGGAAGGGGGUCUUCAUCAACACCGGCCGGGAGUUCCUGGUGGGCUGCGACUGCGAGGACGGCUGCAGGGACAAAUCGAAAUGCGCCUGUCACCAGCUGACGCUCCAGGCCACGGCUUGCACUCCCGGCGGGCAGCUCAACCACAACUCUGGCUACCAGCACAAGCGGCUGGAGGAAUGUCUUCCCACGGGGGUGUACGAGUGCAACAAGGGCUGCAGGUGCAAUUUGAACAUGUGCACCAACCGCCUGGUCCAGCACGGCCUGCAAGUCCGGCUGCAGCUCUUCAAGACGCAGAACAAAGGCUGGGGCAUCCGAUGCCUGGACGACAUCGCCAAGGGCUCCUUCGUCUGCAUCUACGCCGGGAAGAUCCUGACGGACGACUUUGCGGAUAAGGAGGGCCUGGAGAUGGGGGACGAGUAUUUCGCCAACCUGGACCACAUCGAGAGCGUGGAGAACUCGAAGGAGGGCUACGAGAGCGAGGCCAAGUGCUCCUCGGACAGCAGCGGCGUCAACCUGAAGGAUGACGAGGAGCCCAGCCACACCGGCCGGGUCUACGGCUACAACCCCAACCCGCCCAUGCCCGAAGGGGCCCGGCGGCCCCCCAGCAAGACCACCUUGCACCAGAGCCGCAGGCACUCCGAGGGGCAGAAUCCUGACGUGAGUGACGUGCUGAUGCUCUCCAGCAGCACCGACAGCGACGGCGACAACGUCCGGCUGACCCCGGUGCCCGUCCAGGUCAACCCCAACGACAGCGACGACAUCCAGACCAUCUCCUCCGGCUCGGAGGAAGAAGGGGCCGCCCACGAGGAGAAGAAGAGCGUGCCUUCCCGGCUGGGGCAGGUAAAGAGGCAGGUGGCGGUGAAAUCCACCCGGGGCUUCGCCUUGAAAUCCACGCACGGCAUCGCCAUCAAGUCCACCAACUUGGCCUCCGGGGAGGGCGCGGCCCUCCGCAGGAACACGCGCCAGUUCUACGACGGGGAGGAGUCCUGCUACAUCAUCGACGCCAAGCUGGAGGGCAACUUGGGCCGCUACCUCAACCAUAGCUGCAGCCCCAACCUCUUCGUCCAGAACGUCUUCGUGGACACGCACGACCUCCGCUUUCCCUGGGUGGCCUUCUUCGCCAGCAAGAGAAUCCGGGCUGGGACGGAGCUCACCUGGGAUUACAACUACGAAGUAGGAAGUGUCGAAGGCAAAAAACUCUUGUGUUGUUGUGGUGCCAUCGAAUGCCGAGGCCGCUUGUUGUAA